UCCUCGUACCAAUUCACAUCUAUCCUACUGCAAACACAUCCUUUUUAUAAGAGCCACUCAAACUUGCUUUACCUUCCACACCACCAAAUUUAACUUAUUCCAAACCCAGAUCACGAAAAAAAUAAUUUCCAAAAAAAAAAAAAAAAAUGUUGAACAGUCAAGUUCACCAGUCUCAUACUGUCCAAAUUCUAAUUCCAUGGCACAAGCCAUUCCCCUCCGGAACCGCUAGCCCUUCGUCGUCACUACACCUGCUGAAACCAGGGUUGUGUGGAAACCAAAAGGAUAAAGGUCGUGUUCGGUGUGUUCCUAGCACCAUUAAAGCCAUAGCAACCACUACUACCGAGCAGACCACGAUUGUUAAGGCUGUUGUUUGUGUGAAAUUAACAGUCGGUGGUUUCUUGUCGAACCUUGGAUUAAGCCGUGGGCUUGACGACGUUGCUGAUAUGCUUGGUAAAUCAAUCCAGUUGGAGCUUGUUAGUGCCGAGCUUGAUCCCAAGACGGGAUUAGAGAAGGAAACAAUAAAGGGGUAUGCACAUCGGACGAGCCAAGAGGAGGAUGAAGUGAAGUAUGAAUGCAAUUUUGUAAUUCCAGAAGGUUAUGGUGAGAUUGGUGCAGUCUUGGUCGAGAAUGAACACCACAAGGAAAUGUACCUCAAGCAAAUUGUCUUUCAUGGAUUCCCUCCUGGUGGCCCUGUUCACGUCACUUGCAAUUCAUGGGUUGCUUCCAAAUUUCAUAAUCCUCACAAGAGAAUUUUUUUCACCAAUAAGUCAUAUUUGCCAUCUCAAACACCAGAUGGGUUGAAGAGGCUACGAGAGAAAGAGUUAGAAAAUCUAAGGGGAAAUGGGCAAGGAAAGAGGAAAAUACAUGAAAGAAUAUACGAUUAUGAUGUGUAUAAUGAUAUUGGUGAUCCAGACACUAGCUCUACUUUGAAACGUCCUGUACUUGGUGGUAAACAACAUCCUUAUCCACGACGUUGCAGAACAGGUCGACCACGCUCUAAGACAGAUCCAAUGUCGGAGUCAUGGAGCAGUGGUAGCAUAUACGUGCCAAGGGAUGAGGCGUUCUCAGAUGUGAAGCAGCUAACAUUUUCAGGCAUGCCCGUAUACUCAGUGUUGCAUGCACUUAUACCAUCUAUUGAGAAUGCAAUUGUGGACAUUGACCUUGGCUUUCCUUACGUCACUGCCAUUGAUUCCUUGUUCGAUGAAGGAGUUAACCUUCUUCCUCUUUCCAAAAAUGCACUCUUGAAGGACCUCCUUCCCAGGCUUGUCAAGUUUGUCUCUGAUGCUGAAGAAGGUCUUUUGCGCUUUGAGACCCCUGCAAUGUUUGAAAGAGACAAAUUUUCUUGGCUUAGGGAUGAAGAGUUCUCGAGGCAGACUCUUGGUGGUCUCAACCCAUGCAGCAUACAAUUGGUCAAGGAAUGGCCAUUGAAGAGUAAACUUGACCUAAAGAUAUACGGCCCACCAGAAUCGGCAAUCACCAAAGAGCUGAUUGAGCGACAGAUCCGGGGGUUCAUGACCCUUGAAGAGGCCUUGCAAACAAAGAAGCUUUUUAUGCUGGAUUACCAUGACUUGUUGCUACCUUAUGUGAACAAAGUAAGAGAGAGCAAAGGGACAACACUGUAUGGGUCGAGGACACUCUUCUUCUUAACACCUGAUGGCACCUUGAGGCCUUUAGCCAUAGAGCUGACUCGGCCACCAGUAGACGACAAGCCUCAGUGGAAGCAAGUGUUCACACCUACCGGGGAUGCUACUGGCUGCUGGCUUUGGAGGCUUGCCAAGGUUCAUGCCCUUGCUCAUGACUCUGGUUAUCACCAGUUAGUCAGUCACUGGCUAAGAACUCACUGCGUGACAGAGCCUUACAUAAUUGCGAGCAACAGGCAACUUAGUGCAAUGCACCCGAUUUACAAACUAUUGCACCCUCAUUUUCGGUACACAAUGGAGAUCAAUGCUUUGGCUCGACAAGCCCUUAUUAAUGCUGGUGGAAUUAUUGAGACUUGUUUCUCACCCAAAAAGUACUCUAUCGAGCUUAGCUCUGUUGCCUAUGAUCAACAGUGGCGUUUCGAUCUCCAAGCACUACCGGCUGACUUAAUUAGCAGGGGAAUGGCUAUGGAGGAUCCAACAGCUCUGCAUGGCCUAAGGCUAACCAUCGAGGACUACCCUUACGCGAGCGAUGGUCUGCUAGUUUGGGAUGCCAUAAAGCAAUGGGUUACAGACUAUGUCAAACACUAUUACCAAGAUGCAAGCUUUGUACAGUCUGACAAAGAGCUUCAAGCAUGGUGGACAGAAAUCCAAACGGUAGGUCAUGGUGACAAGAAAGACGAAACAUGGUGGCCAGUGUUGAAAACCCCACAAGAUCUAAUCGGAAUUCUCACAACUAUGAUCUGGGUAACAUCCGGUCACCAUUCAGCUGUCAACUUUGGGCAAUAUAUCUAUGCAGGUUAUUUCCCCAAUAGGCCUACCAUUGCUCGAACCAAAAUGCCUACUGAAGAACCAACUGAUGAAGAGUGGAAGUGUUUCAUCAACAAGCCUGAAGUUGCACUCUUGAUGUGCUUUCCUUCUCAAAUUCAAGCUACAAAAGUCAUGGCUGUUUUGGAUGUGCUAUCUAAUCAUUCACCGGAUGAAGAGUAUCUCGGUAAGGACAUGGAGGCAUCAUGGAUAGAAAAUCCAAUUAUAAAGGCGGCAUUUGAACGGUUUAAUGGGAAAUUGAAGGAGCUAGAAGGAGUCAUUGAUCGUAGGAAUGUUGAUAAGAACUUGAAGAAUAGAUGUGGAGCUGGUGUGGUUCCUUAUGAGCUUUUGAAGCCAUUUUCUGAACCUGGAGUGACAGGGAGGGGAGUUCCAAAUAGCAUCUCAAUUUGAGAAGUGAAUGCAUUUGUAAGAAGUAACAUUAAAACUGAUAAGUUUGAGCAUAAAAUGAUGAAAUGCACCAAAAGAUUAAAAGUGUGAAUUUAAAUUCAAUCAUCACGAGUUCAUUUUGUAAGGAUAAAAUAAAGAAUUGCUAGCAACUCCUUUUGGGUA